UACACGUACAUCGUAGCCAGGUGCUAAGGAACAGGUAGGCGCGUCGUCGGCGGUGAAUGCAACGUGUAACACCUCACUGCCCAACCUCCACUACCUGUACUCUCUGCACACCCGCCGACUGCUGCUUCAGGCAACCACCACCACCACCUAGCGUGCUUGCACAGCUUGCGCAACGGAAAGCGCCCAUUCUCAUGCGCUGAAGCGAGAACGGGCUGGUCGACAGCCAUUUCAACCGUCAGCAUGUCCACAUACCAUUCGCUUCGAGAUCGCCAAGUAGCCUCCAUCGAGCGCAUUCUGAACCUCAACCAUGCCCCCGACCCUUCCGACUCGACGCUCGACAGCACCGCUUCCAAUGGACUGGUCACCAAGUCGACGCCUAUCCUGAAUGCAGACGGAGAGCCCAUAUGGAAAGUGCUAGUCUUCGACGCGCUGGGAAGGGAUGUCAUCAGCAGUGUACUGCGGGUGAGCGAUCUGCGGAGUUGGGGAGUUACAAUACACCUGAACAUUAAUGGCCAGCGGCAUCCGAUACCAGAUGUACCAGUGCUAUACCUCGUUGAGCCCACUGCGGAGAACCUGCAGCGCAUUACCCAAGACUUGCAGAAGGGACUCUACUCGCCUGCAUACAUCAACUUCCUCUCCUCCAUAUCCCGACCUCUGCUGGAGGACUUUGCUACACAGACAGCAGAAGCCGGAACUGCUGCGAGCAUCAGUCAGGUCUAUGACCAAUAUUUGAACUUCAUCGUCAGUGAACCAAAUCUGUUCAGCUUGGGCAUGGGAAAAGAGACGUAUUGGGCGAUGAACAGUGCUCAAACCAGUGACGAGAGCAUUGACAGCAAUGUUGAUCGCAUUGUCAGUGGGCUCUUUAGCGUUGCGGUAACGAUGGGAACCAUACCCAUCAUACGAUGUCCCAAGGAUGGUGCUGCGGCCAUGAUCGCAGCGAAGCUGGAUCGCAAGUUGAGGGACCACAUUCUGAAUGCCAAAGACAAUCUGUUUUCAGGCAAGUCAGCUGCCGCUGGAGCCACGUCUUCGAGGCCUGUACUCAUUAUAGUCGACCGAAACGUCGACCUGGUGCCGAUGCUGUCCCACUCGUGGACAUACCAAUCCUUGAUUCACGACGUACUCAGCAUGCAUCUGAACCGCAUCACAGUCGAGACGCCGGUCGACGAGGCUGGCGCUGCUGGAGGCGUGGUGAAGAAAUCCUAUGAUCUGGCUGCGAAUGAUUUCUUCUGGAACAAGAACUCUGGCGCACCUUUCCCUCAAGUAGCUGAGGACAUUGACGCCGAGCUUACUCGAUAUAAAGAAGACUCGACUGAAAUCACGAAGAAGACCGGCGCCAGCUCCAUCGAAGAUCUCCAGAAUGACACAAGCGCAUCUGCACAACAUCUUAAAGCAGCCAUUACACUCCUACCUGAGCUUCGAGAACGUAAAUCUUUGCUAGACAUGCAUAUGAAUAUUGCAACUGCGCUGCUCAAAGGGAUCAAGGACCGACAGCUUGAUAACUUCUAUCAGCUCGAAGAAGAUAUCAAGAAGCAGACCAAGGCACAAAUGCUAGAACUGCUCAAUGACGCCGACAAGGGCAACGAACCGCAGGACAAGCUUCGUCUAUUCAUCAUAUGGUUCCUCAGCACCGAAGCAGAGUUGUCUCGCGCGGACGUGGAGCAUUUCGAGACUGUCUUGAAGAAGAUUGGCGUCGACACCCUUCCGCUCACAUAUAUUCGACGAGUGCGCGAGAUUACGCGCAUGACCAUGAUCUCGUCUGCACCGACACAACAACCCCAGCAGACAUCAGCCUCUGCCGACCUUUUCCGCGGGUUCAGUUCAAUAUCGUCACGCCUUACAGACAGAUUCAAGGAUGCAGGCCUAGGUGCCAACUUCGAUAACCUGAUCUCUGGCGUGAAGAACUUCCUCCCAGCUAACAAGGACUUGACCCUCACCAAAAUUACUGAAUCUCUCAUGGACCCACAGAACGCCUCCACCAGUGCAUUGCAGAAAACAGAGGGUUUCCUCUACUUUGACCCACGAUCUGCGAACGCUCGCGGCACAAUGCCGCCCUCCGCAAAGGAUGCACGAUCUGGUACGCAAGAGAAACGUGGCAUUGACCCAUCCUUUGGCCAACGGAGGCAAGGUUUUAGCGAGGCUAUUGUGUUCACUGUUGGGGGUGGCAGCAUGGACGAGUAUGGAAACUUGCAAGAGUGGGCGAAACGCUCGGUCGGUGCUGGUGGUGCUGUGAGCAGAAAGAGGGUCGUCUAUGGAAGCACUGAACUGGUCAAUGCCGCCAGCUUCCUACAGGAACUCAGCAAACUGGGUCGUGAAAGCUCAUAAUGAUACUAAGGUAUACAUAUACAUCGUGUUACCAGUGCGAGUCUCGUUCGCGCACUGGUUCUCACUCGCUCAAUCAAAAUGUAUUACUCAUAACCUCCGUAGGGUGUGUAUCCCUCAGCAU